AUGGAAGGUAAAUUGGAGUAUCAUAUUGGUAGCUUCCAGGUUUCUGACAUUCUGUCUGCGGGAUUUUUUGAGAAUCACUCAGAAUUUGAAGAUGAUGCAUUGGCAGAUACACCUAUUGAAGCAAAUACUACUAUAAUGAACAUCCAUGAGGCAAAUUGCGUUUCAAAAUCGAGUUCGAAAGGAUGGAAAAGAGAAAAGCUAAGACUUCUGUGUGACAACUUCUGGAAUGGAUUGUUCGGAUGGGACACAAGAGAUUGUCCCCUCUUGGAUCAAGGUGGUUCAAAUGUGCAGAGCUGCCGUUUACAACAACUUCAAAUUCUUCCUGAUAAAUUGGGUACCAUUGCAUUACCAGGUGGUCAUCAAAACUGUAAUAUGAGUUCUUCUUCGCAGCUUUAUGAUGAUUGUGGAAACGUGUACUCAAGCCAAACUGAAACAACCAAUAAGCAAUUGACCAAUCGUCACAUGGAUGUGGAAGCACGAAUUAUUGUAGUGGCCAAUGACCCAUUGGUGAAAAAAGUAUCAGAAUCUACAGAGGAGGUAAGAGAUUGGAUUAAACAGGAUUUGAUAAAAGUGAUCGAGGAAGGAGAAGUUCGUGUUUUGAAGAGAGAGGACGGUAGAAGAUACAUAGUAGUCGACGUCAGUAAUUCUAUACCAUUGGGAAUAUAG